GGAAGUCACAGUUCAAAAAAAUUAGCCAUGUAAAAACUGCUAACUCGUUUGUGCACUUGUUUCAUCUAAUAAAAGAGGCUUCAAACUCAAAAGAUGUUCGGCGGAGACGAUGAAGACGGGGACUUCUUGUCUCCCACCGGAGGGGCUAAGUUGGCCUCCCUGUUUGGACUAGACCAGGAAACCAGUCAGGGGAAUGAGUCUUUCCAGUACACAGCACCGAAACAGCCCAGAAAGAGCUCCAACUCAGCACCGGCUACCCAGAAACAAGCCUCAGCACCUGGAGCUCCUGCAGUGUUAUUUGCCACAGCAGCCCAAACCUUCAGAUAUACUAACGGACAGUAUGUGAAGCAGGGCAAGCUGGGAGCAGCCAUACUGGGCAACCACACAACAAAAGAGUACAAGCUGCUUCUGUACUUAAGCCAGCAGAAACAAGUGACAGCUGCCAAGAUCCAUGUCGGCUUUGUUUUCACGGUACAGCCAAACAAUUACUGCACUUUUUAUGAUGACCAGAGGCAGAACUGGUCCCUGAUGUUUGAAUCAGAUAAAGCUUCACUGGACUUCUGCAAAGAGGUAUGUUUGGCGAAAGCGAACAGUGCAGCCUCCUUAGACACUGUGGUGGUUCAGGAUCUGAGUCUGGGUGAGGGCCAGGCGGUGGAGAAUGGAGACUCUCUGGAGGUGGUGUACACAGGCUGGCUCCUGCAGGACCACGCCAUUGGACAGGUGUUUGAUUCCAACCAGAACAGAGACAAGUUGCUGCGACUGAAAGUUGGAGCGGGGAAAGUGAUCAAAGGCUGGGAGGAGGGGAUGCUGGGGAUGAAGAAGGCCGGCCGCCGUCUCAUUGUCAUCCCACCCAACCUGGCAUACGGAUCCAAGGGAGUCCCCAACCGCGUCCCGUCUAACAGCACUCUUAUUUUUGAAGCAGAGCUUCGACGGGUGAAGUUUUCCAAGGACAGUGGGUCUGAUCGGGCUAGUGCCAGCUCCAGAGACUCCCCUGCUCCUUCCCCAGCCCCCAGUGUGGAGAAUCUGGCCCCAGAACCCCCAGCACAAACAACUGGUUCAGGCUCAGUCACACCAGGGGAGCCAGCGCUUCGUGCUAAGUCCAACUCGCUCAGUGACCAGCUGGCAAAUCCAGAUGCCACAAAAGCCAAGCUGAUCUCUCGCAUGGCAAAGAUGGGCCAGCCCAUGUUGCCCUUUCUGACAGGAGUGGCUAGCCAGCCUGAAUCCAGUGACUCUGAGCUUGAGGACACCAGUGGCAGCAGAGUGAAGGAUCAGCCUGCGGCUCCAUCUCCAGUGCAGAUAUCCACUGCUGCUCCACCUUCAAUACACGUGCAUCCUCAUGCUCACACAGCUCCACCGUCUGCCUUAGUUCCAGUUAUGACCACUGUUGCCCCACAGCCUGGGCUGCCAGGCAGCAGCCAUGCCUUUCAGCCUUACUCCUACACACAGACCUCUGUAGCUCCAUCUCAGCUUCAGCCCGUUGGCCAGGUCUACCCUGCACAAACUGUCCCAUACAUGGGCUCCAGUGAUGUGACUUCCUUCUUGAUGACUGAGGCCCGACAGCACAACACAGAGAUCCGGUUAUCUGUUACAAAAGUAGCCGAUAAAGUAGAUCAGCUGGCUUCAAAGAUAGAUGACCUUCAGAGGCAGGGAAGCCUUUCCAUGGGGGUGUCUAAUAUGUCCAUGGAGACCUCCAUGAUCAUGCAUAACAUCCAAAGAAUUGUCCAGGAAAAUGAAUGUUUAAGAAAGGAAGUCUUUGAGAAAAGCGGUCGCAUCGAGGAGCAAAACCGUAAAAUCGGAGAACUCAUCAAUCAGAACCAGAGAUACGUGGAGCAGAGCAACCUGCAGCUGGAAAUGAGGAACGACUCGCUCAAGUCAACCAGCGAGCAGAGCCAGGCCAGACUGCUGCAGGCUGAGCAGGACAAGGUUCGUCUGACGGAGGAUCUGGCUUCAUCCACUGCCCGGCUGUCUCAGCUGCAGCUAGAAGCUUCAGCUCAGCAGCAGAAGGCCGUGGAGCUGCAGAGCAAACUGAGCUCAGCGCUGCAGGACAGUGAGAGCCACAGCCAACGAAUCGCAGCCCUGGAAACACAGCUGGAAGAGCUGAAGGAGGCAGCGGAGAGGGCUCAGGCUCAGUACCGCUCAGAGAAGCAAAGGCGCAAAGAGAUGGAGCUGAAAGCCAACAACAUGGAGGAAGAACUGCAGGACCUAAAGACUGAUAAAGAGGGUCUAGAACGAACACUUUUGGAAAGGAAGAAGAAGUGGCAGGGUGAGCGUCAGCGUCGAGAUGAGGAGGUGGAGGAGCUCCGCAAGAGCAGCCAGCAGGAGCUGGACAACCUCCGAGCUCAGCUGCGCAAAGCCAGGACCAGCACUGACAAUGCUGCAUCUGAACAGCUGUCUCAACUGCAGGCGGAGCUGGAGGAGGAGUGGAAGGGCAAGUGUGAACGGGUGUUGGCCUCUGCAAAGGACCAACACUGUAGAGAGCAGGCUGACCUAACAGAGCAGAGAGAUGCUCUGCAGGACAAGCUAACCCAGCUACAGGAAAAGUUUACGGCUCUGAAGCAGUCAAGAGAUUCUGAAGAACAGAGUUCACUACAACACCACGGGCAGGCCGAAGAGCUGCAGGCCCUUCAGGACAAAUACACAACCUUGGAGCAACAAGGAGUAGCUGUCAGGGAGAAACUGGAGAGAAGAGUGGCUGUACUGGAGAAGAAACUGGCAGAGCAGGAGAGUUCAGGAGACACUGCAGCAGAGGUGAAACGCGUGAUGAACGGAGUGUUUCAUUCUCUGAGAGGGGAGUUUGACCUCAGUGAAUCUUACAGUGGCCAGGCUGUGCUGGGGGUCAUUGUCACUACCAUUAAGAAUGUAACCCUACAGCUCCUCAGUGGCACAGACAGAUCUUCACUGAGACUGAGUAAGAAUGAAGAGGAGGAAGAAGAAAGUGAUAAUGUGAGACAAAGAGAGGAGACACCUCCACAGGAUAUACGUGUAAAUGGAGAGAAAGGAGUCAAAGAGGAAGAAAAGGAGGAAGAAAAGGAGGAAGAAGAACAUGUGGCUGAAUCAGAUUCUCAACAAGUCAUUGAGACCCAGAUGGAUCAGGAAGUAGCAGUAGAGAAGGAGACAGAGACAGUAACAGAGUCAAAGACACAGAGCCAGGCAGAGGCAUUAGCGGCCGCUGAUCUCCAUCCUGUUUCAUCCACUGAAGUGAAACUGCACGAGCCAGCAGCAGCAGAGUCUGAAGUACAGCAGGAGCAGGCAGAACACUCAGCUCAUGAAUCAUCCACAGAGGUAAAAGACACCAAGAAGUCUGCAGAUCCAGAUGAUGAACCUGCUGAGAGUUCACCACCAGAGGGCGAACAGGAAGCUGUGUCAGAAAGGAGUGUUGCUGUGAGCGGUGAGGUGGACAAGGAGAGCGUGGACGAUGCAAAUCAUGUCGGAGAAAUGAAUGCUGCUUCUCAGAAAGCCUUUGGACCCCCAGCCAACCCGCCUCCACCGCCUGUACUUCAGAACAGCUCAGGAGAGGACACAAGUCUGACUGGGGGAAUGGGUGAGGAAAAUGGAGAGGAGCCAUUUUUCCAGAACACGACUCCUGCCAAACCCCCCGCAGCACCUAGUGAGGAAGAAGAAGAGGAUGAGAUGAGCUUGAAAGGGCAUCCCCCCCCUGCCCCUCUGUUUGGUGAUGAUGAGGAUGAUGAUGAUCUAGACUGGCUGAGCUGAGAUGGAACCAGAAUGAUAAAAGUCUGCGUCUUAAUAUUCAACAGUAUAAACAGACGUCAGGUGCUUCACCUGCUGUCUCUGCCUGGCGGAGCGGUCAGGAUGAUGAGAGGCCUCUGCCGAUGAACUCGAUUGGACAGAGAAGUCAGACAGCUCGGCUCGUCACCUCUGCGUUGUCCUGCUGACUGACAGCUGCUGCCUCAGCAUCCUGGAGCACAAAAGCUACAAUUCCAGGCCCUCAUGUUGGUUUGAAAUAACAAGCCAGUAAUUCACAGACGAAUCAAAACAAAUGCUUUUCAUCAUUUAUGUGAUAUCUGUUGGUGAUGCAGUUUAAUCCCAGAUUUUUACAUGGCACUGUAGCAGAUUAGUUUGUUGAAUCAGCAGUAAUCCUGUUAUCAGUGGUUUCAGACUGUACCAUUAAAUGGUUUAUAAUUAUUAGCUUGCUGCUUUAAGAAUAGAACUUUUACAAAAUUUUGCUAACCUGAAAUUCACUGCAGAAAAUAAAUGACAUGG